AUGGGAUCACCGCUCUCGCCACUUUUGCCAAGUGUAUACAUGAACAAAAUAGAAGAGAACUUCAAGACGGCACCGCUACAACCGACAGUGGUCAUGUGGUAUUUGGAUAAUUACUUCGCACUUUGGUCAUAUGGAAGAGAAGAACUAGGAGAGUUUCUGAAAUUUGUAAACCAGAUUGAUGCAAAAAUUCAACUCACAAUGGAAGUAGAGGAAGGUGAGCGGUUUCCGUUCCUGAAUGUUGAAAUGAUUUGUUCUAAUGAAAUGCUGAAAAAUAAAUUGUUCAGAAAGAAGUCCUCUGCUGGGAUAAUGCUCAAUUUUCGGUCACAUCACGAUUACAGGCUAAAGAUUGGAAUAAUGAGGAGCGUGAUCAUCCGAAGCCUAUGCCUGAUGGAUGCAGAUUUCUGGGACGAGGAGCUAGACAAAUUGACUAGGAUCUUCCUCGGUAAUGGCUACCCAAGCGAAGUGAUAAAAUGA